CCGUUGAGCUUCAGGACUGACUUCAGGAGGGGGUGGCUGGGAAAACGGAGGGUUAGAGCCAAGCCGAGCAGUCAGACUCGGGUUGGGGCGCCAGCUGAAGACGCCGGACUUAAAGCGCGUAGCCAGAACCCAGGCAGCAGUGUGUCCAUUGUCCAGAACUCAUCUGAGAAACUGCCACAGGAAUUGCUGCUCUGCUCCAGGCUGGUCACUGAACAGGGAGCUCCAGGACCUGCAGGAUGGGGGCAGGCUGUGUCAAAGUCACCAAGUACUUUCUCUUCCUCUUCAACUUGCUGUUCUUUAUCCUGGGUGCUGUGAUCCUGGGCUUUGGGGUGUGGAUUCUUGCAGACAAGAACAGCUUCAUUUCCGUCCUACAAACCUCGUCCAGCUCGCUGCAGGCGGGGGCAUACGUCUUCAUCGGUGUGGGCGCUGUCACCAUGGUGAUGGGCUUCCUGGGCUGUAUCGGUGCUGUCAAUGAGGUCCGCUGCCUGCUGGGUCUGUACUUCGUCUUCCUUCUGCUGAUCCUCAUCGCACAGGUGACCGUAGGGGUCCUCUUCUACUUCAAUGCUGACAAGCUGAAGCAGGAGAUGGGGAGCACGGUGAUGGACAUCAUUAAGAGCUACACCGCCAAUGCUACCAGCAGCCGCGAGGAGGCUUGGGACUACGUGCAGGCGCAGGUGAAGUGCUGUGGCUGGGUCAGCUACGACAACUGGACGGAGAACGAGGGGCUCAAGAACUCCACCAAGACCACUUACCCAUGCUCCUGCGAGAAGAUAAAGGAAGAGGACAACCAGCUCAUUGUGAAGAAAGGAUUCUGCGAGGUCGACAAUGGCACUGUAGUCAACAACAGCACUGUAGUUGAAAACAACCCAGAUGACUGGCCUGUGUACCGCGAGGGAUGCAUGGAGAAGGCGCAGGCGUGGCUGCAGGAGAACUUCGGCAUCCUUCUGGGUGUCUGUGCCGGCGUUGCCGUCAUUGAGCUGCUGGGGUUGCUCCUGUCCAUAUGUCUGUGCCGGUACAUUCAUUCUGAAGACUACAGCAAGGUCCCCAAGUACUGAGGCUGCUGACGUCCCCACUGUCCGUGUUUCUCCACCCUCAGCCUCUCUCAGGGCCUCUCUAGCUUUUCCUCACGUGGGCCGUGCUCCCUCCACCACUGAGGCUUCUGGCCCAUCCAGGGAAGGUUGGACUGGGAACUGUCUGGGCCUGGGCCUGGGCCUGGGCCUGGGCCCUUCUCCCUGCCUUUCUGCCUCCAUUAGGGGACCCUGGCUAUCCUGUGGCUCUUCCUCCUACUGCCUGGGAUAUUGUAACAGCUUGAAAUGACUCCCAGUGUCACUGUACACAGGAUAGCUGGGUCUCCACCCUCAAGUCAUAUUAUAUUAUAUUAAAAAGGAGGGUGGGCGUAGCACCCAUGGCUGUCCAGGAAAGGCUACAGGAAAGGUUAAUGGGCUUUUCCCCACUCUGACAUUUUCUUUGUGGCUUUUCCAUGUUUCUGUGGGAGACAAGGUGGGCAGUUCUUUACACACUCCCCCGCCAAGCUCAGUUCAGCAGGGAACUGAACUGAGGGGCUCCUGGGGGGCUGGCCCAGGUGACCUCCAUGAGCCCCUCUUGCUGAGAGACCAGGCAGCUUAUAGGCCUGCGUCCUUCAGGUGGCACAAGACCCCGAGUUAUCUGUGUGAGAGGAGGAUAUGGACUGGUGUUUCUUGGCAGCUGUCCCCUGACCCCUGUCCCCUGUCCCCUGUCCCCUUUCCCAAGGGUGGGUGAGGCUGUGCCUUGCAGGGGUGGGGGAGGGGUUCCAUCCGCUCAUCUCUGAAAUCAAUUAUUAAAGGAGGGUUUAUAACGA